AGCAAUCAACCAUCUCUCGGGACCAAAGGCCAGUCUUUUGGACGGCGUGGAACGAGAACAAGAUGGCGACGGCGACGACGACGGCCAUGAAAAUGAUCUCGCCGUCAAACUGAGUGACCAACUCAGUCAAGCUUUCUGCACUACUAUAAGACCUCCCGUUCUUUUAGAGGCUUCGGAGCCUUUCUUCUGGAGAAUAGGAGAAGGAGAGUAAUGGAGAAAGGCUUGGGGAAGGAACAGCGAGACCUGCUACUGGACGAGCUCGCUCGACUUCAGGAACUGGCGAGGCUUGUGGAAGUCGAGCUCAUUCUUCACUUUUCCAGCGAAUCCUGUCAUUUGCUGCUGCAAGAGAUGCUUACAGCGAUAGACAAGUCGAUUUCCUUGGUCAAAUCGAGCCACCCGGAGGUCGCCGGAGAGUGCCUUCGUUCCGCCGGCAAGAUUCCCAAGAAGAGGAAGAUAAUGCCCAAGUGGACGAAAGAAGUGCGAGUGGAUUCCGGCGCUGUUGAAGGAGUCGAAUCCCCCGUCGGCGACGGCUGUAGCUGGAGGAAGUACGGGCAAAAGGGCAUCCUCGGAGCCAAGCACCCAAGAUGCUACUUCAGGUGCAGGCAUCGCGCGACUCAGGGCUGCCCGGCGACCAAGCAAGUGCAGCGAUCCGACGGCGACCCGCUGCUCUUCCGCGUCAUCUACCACGGCGAGCAUACUUGCCAUCAAGCGGCGGAGCAGCAGCGGAGCCGAGACUUGCUCUCGAGCUUCCGGACCGGGCUCACAGUUCAAACAGAGGACUUGGUGCCGACGACUCCGGAUAACAGCAACUGCGGCAUCAGCAGGCCCUCUCCGACCUUACCGUCGCCGGCGGCCGGCGAUGCCGGAGUUAAUUCCGAUGUGAAUUGGCCUUCUUGGGACACGGACUGGAUGCUCCAAGAGCUGGACUACUUCGAGGCUGAUUUGUCAAGCUUGUUCUAAUAUCGAUAGCGACAAUUUACCAAAAGUAAAAGGGCGUAUCUUAAAUAUGAUAUUUACCCAAAGUUAUAUGGUAAUUUUGUUUAUAUCAGGACGCAGAUAAAAAAUAAAAUUUUCCUUUUACUUGUCCUAUCAA